UAUAAAUUAGGAAUGUCAUUCAGAUUACAAGUCACAGAUCCUGUAAAAGAUAAAAUAUCAAUGUUAGAAGUUGAAUAAACACUUACUGUAUUAGACUUAAAAGCAUUAAUAGAAGUUGAAGUAACCUUUUUUUUCUUAAAUCUAAGUUCUAAAUUGCUGUGGCUCGAUAAUAAUUGAUUUAUGGAGGAAGAUUAAUGAAUGAUAAUGAUACUCUCUCAAAAUAUAAUAUGCAAAAUGAUGAUCUUGUUCUUAUUGAAAGAAAACCUAAAUAGCAAAGAACUCCAUUAGAAUUAGAAGCCAUAAAAUUUAUAAAGCAUUUCCAAUAAAAUCCUCAUUUAAUUGAAGCCAUCAGAAUCAAAGAUCCUAAACUAGCAGAAUCAAUAGAAAAAAAGAAAUUAGCAGGUGUCAUGGAAUAUAUUUAAAAUUAAGUAUUAUUUUUUAUUCAUUUAGUAAUAAAAAAAAUUCUAAGAAUAACAAGAAUAUAUAAGAAAGAUGUAAUAAUUGGAAUAGGAUCCUCUAAAUCCUGAAAAUUAGAAACUAAUUGAAGAGAUGAUUAACAAAAAAAAUAUUGAAGAAAAUCGAGAAUAUGCUGAAGAAUACAUUCCAGAAAGUUUUGGAACUGUUACUAUGUUAUAUAUUGAAUUGUCAAUUAAUCGUCAUCCAGUAUAGGCCUUUGUUGAUAGUGGGGCAUAAAGUACAAUUAUGUCCAAAGCUUGUGCAGAGAGAUGUGGAAUAAUGAGAUUGGUUGAUACUCGUUUUUAAGGUAUUGCUUAAGGAGUAGGAACAUAAAAGAUUAUUGGAAGAAUUCAUGUAGUUGAAAUGUAGAUACUAGAUCAAGUAAUUUAAUAUUUUUCUAUUCAUUAGUUUUUACCAUGUUCUUUGACUAUUUUAGAUGGAGAUGGUAUUGAUUUCUUGUUUGGAUUAGAUAUGCUCAAAAGAUAUUAAGUAAUAUUGUAUACAUAAAUAUUAGUGUAAUAUCAAUUUAAAGGAUAAUUGCUUAAUAUUUCCAAAUGAAAAAUUGAGUGUACCAUUUCUUCCAGAAGGUUAAAUAAAUAAAAGAAUAAGUAUUUAAUAAGAAUAGGAGAUAUUGAAAAGAUAAAAUAGUGACUCAUAAAUAUAAGAAGAAUAACCUAUCAAAAACUCAAAUUAGCCAUAAUAAUAAUAAUAAUAACCACAAUAAUAACCAUAAUAAUAACCAUAAUAAUAAUAAUAAUAAUAAUAACCUAAUGCCAAUAAAACUAAUUCUAGAUAUCCAGAAUCCUCAAUUUAAGCAAUUAUUAAUCUUGGGGUUACUAGAGCCGAAGCAAUAGUUGUAUUAGAUUAAACAAAUGGUAAUAUAGAAUUAGCAGCUUCUAUAAUUAUGUAGUAAAAGUAUGGUUUUAAUUGA